GGGAGGAGAAAGAGGGGAAGGGCGGAGAGCGAGCGAGUGCAUGCUGUCUUCUGGGACCCUGUUUACUUAACAUUCCCAGCCAAGAAAGCCCUGGUUUAAAUAGGAUUGCAGGCGCACCCCGCGCACAUCAGAUGAGGAAAUGGUUGUUGUGGGACUUUAAAAUUCUUUUGUUCCAAAGCAUUAGUGUGGAUGAUGAGAAUGCAGGAUGCCUUUCCUCUUGGGUCUGAGACAGGUAACUAGUUUUGGUUGGUUUGGUUGCUGCCGGUUCCGGUGGAGAACUUGGUUUUUUAGAAAAUGUUUUCUCACUUUCCAAGGAGAGAGAGUCAUGCUGUGUAGCAAAAUAACUCACUGAAGAGAGGAAACAGAAAAUGGCAAAGAGUUAACAUGUACACGAUGCCCGUUUUAGCAAGGCACAGAUCCUGGAUUUGGUGACUUAUGUAGUAGCUUUGGAAAGCUGGUGUUUUUACAAGAAACAAGGAAUUUAUAUUUGAAAGGAUCUUCAGACUCUACCAACUCAACCUCAGAAAAAUCCUGAGCAAUAGAUGGGCCUUGCAGCAUGCCCAUCAGCUUGCUAUGCUGGCUGGUAGGAACCGAGUGCCAGGCUUGAGGGCCCUCUGCUGAAAACGCCUGCCCCCAAAAUGGACAAGCAAACCUGCCUGGGUGUCAACAAUCAAAGUUAUAUAUGUGAAACAGGUCACUGUUGUGGACAGUCACAGUGUUGCAACUACUACUAUGAACUCUGGUGGUUCUGGCUGGUGUGGACUAUCAUCAUCAUACUUAGCUGCUGUUGCGUUUGCCAUCAUCGGCGUGCCAAACACCGCCUCCAGGCACAGCAGCGGCAACACGAGAUUAACCUGAUUGCUUACCGGGAAGCCCAUAACUACUCAGCUCUGCCAUUUUAUUUCCGAUUUUUGCCAAAUUAUUUACUGCCUCCCUAUGAGGAAGUGGUGAACCGACCUCCAACCCCUCCCCCACCAUAUAGUGCCUUACAUCAGCAGUGCGUCCCAGCGGGUGGCAACAGCACAGUCCCAGAUACGCCAAGAAACCUCCAGCCCGCACAGACAAGCUCUCCUCCACCGCCAGGUGGCACUAACAGCCGCACUGACAGCACUGGGUCCCUCCGUGUCCGGGACCCUGAAUCCUCCAUGACACUGGCUGAACAAACUGUAACCAAAAUGCAGGGUACCGAGCCAGGCAGCUCCAGCACCGGCCCUGAAUUGGAGGAGAUGGCCGAUCCUGUGUCCUUCCCGCAUAAGGAUUCCGAGAGCAAGGAGGAACUGCUUAAAGAUUACAGCUGUGAAAGCUUCGACCAUAACAGGGCUAUUCCCGAUGCCAAGGACAAGACACCCAGCAGACACCGCCGUUUCACUGGCGACUCGGGAAUUGAAGUCUGCGUCUGCAACCGGGGCCACCAUGACGAUGACCUCAAGGAGCUUGAUGGGCUCAUUGACGAUACUUUGGAUGGGCCUCUGGACUUCUGUGACAGCUGCAGUGGCCGCCUCCAUGGGGAUGAGGAAGAAGGGCUUUUCAGUGCCUCCGAGGAGCAGCACCGUGAACAUAACCACCACCAUCUGCCUCAGCAGCCGGUGUGUGUCCUCCUGAACACCAUAAACGAGCAGGACUCUCCAAACUCUCAUACCAAUCACCCUCCCAGCUAAAGUGGCUGAGUCAUAAGGGAGAGUCUAUAAAAGGAGUAAGAACAACUUUAAAAAAGGUCACACAAGCUUUUUUCCCCCCCCAGAUGUAAUUUUGGGAAUAUCCCCAAAAGCACUGCUUGGGAGGGUGGGCAACUGCUCCUGUUUUUUUUAAAAUCGCAUCCCUCCGCCUACACGUAGCAGGGACUUCAGUUUCAAAACGAGACCUUUGUAAAAUGGAACUUUCCUAAUGAUGAUUUUGGUGGUGGAUUAUUACUGUUUGGUUGGUUUUAGUUUUCCAAAACCUGCUUUAUCUUGCAAGUCAUAAAGCUCAGCAAGUCUAACCCUGUGAGGAUAAGAAAUACAGUAUGGCUCCACCCUCCAGGUGUCUUCCCAGAAGCACACAGCUUCUGAUAGCACUGGCAGUCAGCAGCCCAAGAGUUCUGGUUUGAUUAGUGCUCUUGAGGGAGUAGAGAUAAUCCAAGUUUUCCCCCAAACAAUAAAUCACUAAAUCAGAACAGUGCUGUAAUCUCUGGUGCUUCAGCAACAGGUAGUGGUGUAGGAGAUUCCCCACUUGAUGCUGGUAACUGAAGGACCAGUUUCUUCCAGACAGAAUAUUAGUCUAUAGCAUGCAAGUUACAAAAAGGGUCGCAGAGUUUGCCUUUACGUACUUUUUUUUUUUUUUAAAGGCAAAUAUAUUCCUUUAAUCAAUGCCUCUCAGAGCACAGCUAUGAGUUAGAAUCCAGGCAGCUGGGCUGCCUUUCCAAGUACUGUGGUCUCUCUACAUGACAUUCAGCUUGUGUGCUGCAAAAGGUUUGGCCUUUUUUUUAUUUUUCAUUUUAUUUUUGUACCCUUAGGGCAGCACUUUAGCUAAGAUGAUAAAACAAAAACCAGGGCUGUCUUUGGCCAGUGUGCCUUCAAGUUUCAGUGAUGCAUGUUGAACAAAUGGAGAAGAACCUCCGUCUGUUGCAAAAGGAUUACUUACAGCGGAGACCUGUGCAGUAUUCUUUUUUUUUUUUUAAUCCAAAAGUUUGGUGCGAUUCUAACGCUGACCACUUAAAAGAAAUGAAUGUCUAGGGUUUUUUCUUUUCUUUUUUUUUUAAGGUGGCAACUGGCUACUGUAUAAUGUCUGAGCGUGUGUGUGUGACUGCAAUACAUUCAUGCAUGUCCUACUGGUAAUAUGAAACCUGCUGUACGACUGCAAGAAAAUUUACUGUAGCUUUGCUUUAAUAAACAGUAGAGUUUUUGUUAGUAUAAAGGGAAGGAAAAAAAAAACAAACAGCUGAAACGAACAUUCCCUGGAGCGUUCCUGUGGAAGAGGGCAGGACUCAAUCUAUAUAUGAAGUGUGCUUGGGUUCCCCUCUAGCUUUCCUUUACUUAUGGUCAUCUCGAUCAUUAUUGUUAUGGAGGGAAAUUGAAACCUUAACGCAGGCAUUCAGAUUUGAUUGAUCGAAACCAAAAUCAGUUUUCAGUAACGUGGAAACCAAAUAUAACACCUUUUCUGAUAA